AUGACGCAGGAGAAGCGCAUCAACUCGUUCCCUAACUUUAAGCUCACGGUCAACGACAUGAAGGUCAAGCCCACGGACAUCCACCUCCUCGCCCUCUUUUCCGCAAACAAGGACGCUCUCCCGCUGUUGUCCCUGCACAGGUGGUCUGGAUCGUUUCUCAACUUCCUCCCGCUGCUGGACCUCCUCCGGUCGAAGUACACUCCGGGCACGUUGCCUUACCACGUCAUCGUCCCCUCCCUGCCUCACUACGGACUCCGGCGGUCCUCUGGAUAUCGAACUCACCGUGGAUGCUGCGGCGCGGCUCUUAAACCGGCUCAUGAUUGA